AUAAUUAUUGCCCUUGAAGAUGAAGGUUUUGUAUUAUUUGUAUGAUUUUUACAUUUUGGUCCUUUUUAAGGGUUUUGUUGGUCAUUAAAAGUUACAUUGAAAUAAGGAGGAGCUAAAAAUUGUGUAUUCAACUGUACUGUACGAUACUGGUUUUAUGGCCCACCCCGCAGCGUAUUAAUUCACAGCAGGAUAGAAAUAAUCCAUCAGAAAGGUUAUGACACAGGGAAUGACAUGUGUAACGAAGUUUGUCAUUUAUAGGAAUAAAAAUAUUCCAUAAUUAUUUCGGAUUUUUUUUCCUUUUAUCAUUAUUAUAUAAGUGAAACUAUACGUAUAUGAGUUAAUUUAUUAGACUACACUCUGCAGUUUAUAUAUUUCCUCCAAUUAUGAUCUAAGAGCAAAACGCGUAUUUACAAUUGAUAAACAUAAUUAUAUACAAUGAUAUUACAUGAUAUAUGUGUAUACAGUAGUACAUGUUUAUACGUGUUCAUCAUUCUGGAGUAAUGACAUUACUAUACUGGUAAUGUCCCUUUUCCAACAGACUUUUUCUAUACAGUAGACCGAAACCGGUUUAGCAUGGUUCAAUGUAAUUUAAAUCAAUAAUUUGUAAAAUGUAAACAAACAUUAAAGUGCUUACAAAUCCUGUAAUAUUGUGCAAUAUUGAAGGGAUUAGUGUCGAUACUACACUGGUACAGUCUCAAAUGUAUCAGAAUCUGCCAUUUGCUUAUGACCCCAGCCCCAGGUAAUUGACAGGAUCAAAGAUGACUUCUAAAAGGGCACAGAGGGUGGUAAAGCGCAAAAGUAAUAAAAAACAAGAAUCUUGUUCUCUCAAGAAGGCCAAAAUAAUGGCUAGCAAUGGUGCUGUUACCAGCAAGUUAAUCAGUUCAGGGGACGGCGAUAGUGAAGCCAGUGAUGACUACAAAGUUGAAGUGAUGGACUCCACUACAGUGGGCCAGGAAAGAGAUCCAGUUACAGUCGGCAAGAAGAGGCAAGGUGCUGCCAGUGAGGAGAGUAAAGCUGGAGAAGUAGGAGGUGGACUGCAUGCUGUGGGCGAGAAACUUGCGUUCACUUUUUUUGAUAGAACCUGUCAGGAUCUGGCUAUUGAUCUACUGGGACAAAAAAUUGUCACUAUGAUAGAUGGGAAAAGAGUGAGUGGUACAAUAGUUGAGACUGAGGUGUACCUGGGUGGUGAGGACAAGGCAGCCCACUCGUACCAGGGCAAGCGGACAGCCCGUAAUGAGGCCAUGUAUAUGGGCCCGGGCACUGCAUAUGUGUACAACAUCUAUGGCAUGUACUGCUGUAUCAACAUCUCCUCACAGGGAGAUGGGGCAGCUGUGCUGGUGCGAGCCCUGCAGCCCACGGAGAACCUCAAGGUUAUGGACCAACGACGUACACUCGGGAAACCUGGGGCUUCCUUUAUGAAAAAUAAUGGAAAAGGACUCUGUAAUGGACCUUCCAAACUAUGCCAGGCUCUGGGAAUCACAAAGGACAAGGUUAACCAAACACUGUUCUACACAUCAGACCAUGUGUGGCUGGAGAGGGGGCAUGAUGUAGACCCCUGCACAGUGGUCAAGUGUAGCAGGAUCAACAUUGACUAUGCAGAAGACUGGAAGGAUAAACCGCUUAGGUUUUAUGUGUUGGGGAACCAGUAUGUCAGUGUUAGAAAUAAGGAGGCAGAGGCCAAUAUGUCAUCAUAAUGAACAAAGGAGCAUAGAUUUGUUCCUGCAGCAAUGGCUGACAGUUAUUCUAUCUUAGAACUGACAAAGACUUUGAGAUUUAAUUUAUAGGGGAAAAGCAGAUGUGAUAAUUUUUUACCAUUGAUGAUGUUAAAAAAUGGUGAUUUUUUUUCUGAUUAUUCAAUAUUGUAAGGUAUAAGUUUGUAAAUUGAGUCAUUUUGAGGUUCUCUGUUUUUCGAAGAAAAUGAUAGGCGUUCUUGUCAUAGCCUUAGUGUCAUUUUGGCGUCAUGCAAAAACUGUAACCAUGGUCACAACUAAAAAAAACAUUCAAGAUAUUUAAAUUAAAUAUAUAGCAAGGCCAAUAACUCUGGCUAUAAUUAUGUUUAAAUUGUGUCCUUUUUCGACAAAUAAAAGCCAAAACAUUAAUCUUAGCCAUAACACCAAAAACAUUAAUAUUCACAUGAAACUAUUCACAUGAAACUCGGUGUUCAGGUUCCAAGGGUCAGUGAGUGCACACAUGUAUAGGUAGGCCUGUUACACAGAUUUUCAUAAUGGUCUGGUUGAGGCCCUUCAUCAAAAACAACAACCAACAGAUGAGUGUUAGCACUAGUUUUAUUUUUGGAUUAUAAUUUUAUAAGCUUUUAGAGGAAAAAAAUAUCUUCUUUGUCAUGUUUCUAGUAUUUUAUUUCAUCCAUGUGAACAUUAUUUUAAAUGUAAUGCAUUAAAUUUGCAGAACAUGCUUGUUUCUUGUAAAUCCUUGCGAUAAAGUUGAUGCAGUCAAAAGUUAAGUGUCAAGCUUAAUUGCUUACUUGGCUUAAAGACAAAAAGAAAAUGUCAAUUUCAUAUAUUCUCAUGGUCACUUUUAUUUUAUAAACCAAGCUCUGUUAUUAUUGAGCUAUACAAACUAUGUAUUGAUGUGCAAAGCUAUUGUUUCAGCCAUGCCAGUAAUGAGGAAAGUUUGUGGUUGUUCUAGUUCAUGUGCUCAUUUUUACCUCGACUAUUUGAAGAAUAAGGAGAGCUAUACUACUCACCCUGGCAUCGGUGUCACACCUUGGUUUUGGUUUUGCAUGUAAGCACCUUGUCUCAGCAAAUGCAUUAUGUAUUUGCAUUGUAACUUUAGAUAUGUAUUCCCAACUAUCCAACUUACUUAAUUAAUGAAGUAAGAUAACACUUGUUUGAAAAUAAUGCAAAUUAUGGGCCUUUAUUUAUUGACUUAGAAAUUCUGGUUAAGGUUUUGCAUGUAAGCACACAUAGGUUAAUAUCUCAGCAACGACUUAAUCUAUUGCAAUGAGACUUUGUUCAAAUACAUCAUUUAUUGCAUUGAAACUUUUUACAAGGGCUCCCAACUAUCCAACCUUAAUUAAUCAAGUAAGAUAACUCUAUCUUGCAUAUUUAAUUUGAAUUUUGCGCCUUAAUUGUUCGACUCUUGUUAAGGUUUUGCAUACAUAUGUAAGCACAUAUAUAAGUCAAUAACUCAGUAACUACUUCAUGUGUUGCAUUGAUACUAUCAAGUUUGAUAAAAUUUUCUCCCACCCCAGAUAAGUACAUCCAAAUAUUUGGCCAUACUGGAAAUCCUUGUCUUGUUCACAGGCAAAGAUAAAAAAGUACUGUAUGGAACUACUUUGUUUUAUUGUCAUCACAUUAUUACCUCCAUUGCUUAGGACCAAUGUCUGUAGCAAAAAAGGUUUUCAUGCUGCAUUCAAGAAAUAAUGCUGCCCUCUCCUCAGAACAAUUUGAGUAUUUACAUAUUUUGAAUCACUGAGAACAUAUCUUCGACAAUCACAAAUUAUCACAUAUCUAUACCCGGUAAUCAAAUUAUUUUCACGAGGCACAAAGGAUUUCUAGCAAAAAAAUACACUAACUUAUUUUGUUGAACUGAGGUGGGAGAAAAAGCAUCUAUCAUGGCCGCUCGUGUAAGAUGGGUUAAUUCUAACCCUUGAGCAGGGUAUGCUACGAAAACUCUGUAAAUCUUGUGUAUUAUUUAUUAUUAUUUCACUUAAAAUUCUGGGUAAGGUCACUUAAAAUUCUGGGUAAGGUUUAACAUGUAAUCAAAUUUUACGGUGAUCCAUGGAUGUUUCACCAACACAUAAAAGUGGCGUAAUAGUCGAGCACGCUGUCUCUGUGACAGCUCUUGUUUAUACUGCUGGUCAACUGACUCGCUUUAUUUCCAAUUUAGUUUAUGAAAAUAUUUACCAUAUCAAGAUGUUCAUUCCUAACUGCAUUUAUGUAUAUGCAUUUGCAGUGAAUAACAUGUUAUUUGGAAAACCAGAUCUGUUUUUGAUAUGUUGAAGUUUCAAAUAAGAAGAAGUAAUAAACUGCUGUAGACAAUU